AUGGGUUCCCUCCGUACCGGCGUCGAGCACUACAUGGAACCCCUCCCCUUCCGCCGCGAACCCCUUGCCGACCGCCCACUGCUCUUCUCCGAGAAAUGCGAUCGUGGUCAUCGUCCUUCAUCCUUCGACAUGAGCCUGAUUUCAAACUUCAAGUUUGUCCCCAAGAAACAGACAUCCGCGCAGUUCUGGGCGAGCAUGCUUGAAGAGUUGGAAAAGGUGAUAACCUCUAUACCCUCCGGUGAACGUUCUUGUUCUUCUCUUGAGUCCCUUCCUUCUUAUCCUUUUACGUGGAUGGAUGGUGGACGCUCGCGGAAUGAGUUCCCGGUAUCUCCUUUGGGCGAUAGUGCAACACUUGCAUCAAGCAGGUACGCAUCGCCUCUAGAAGGUUCAUCGGGAACUCUCAUCCGUGAGUAUGAGUAUGAACCCGUUCCGUCGACAACACAGAGCGAGUUCUGGUCUUCUCGCACCUCUGUUCAUGAGCUCGGUGUUCGUCCUGCUUCCGCUCCUAAUGCGCAGCGGAUUGAAACUCCUCAACGUCCUCAUCAAUGGGCAACUCAGAAAGAACUCAGUCCCUCUUCCUACUAUAUUUCCAGCGAUGAAGAGUCUUUUCGGAUUGACAGAGAAAACUCCCCUUUCUCGCCAUGGGACGAGGACCUUGAACCCUCUCCCGUUGUAUAUCCAAAUGCAUCUCCCAUCUACCAUGGAGCUAGCACACCUCGAUUGUUUCUAGCAGAGCUCAGUUCACCCGGCACUGCUGCUACUGAUACCUUUCACUGCUCGAUCACCGACAUGGUCUGA